GGUUUAGUGAGAAAAGAAGAAAGAAGAGAAGAAUGGAGGGUCAGCAACCAUGGAAGCCAAGGUUGUCGUUCAGGAUCGCCACCAUUUUUUUGUGCUUCAUCAAUGUGGUCACUGCCCUUUUCUUGCUUCAGGGCUUUCUCUCUUCUGCUUCUUCCCGUUCCAAAAUUUCCACCUCUCAACUUAAUUCAGCUCAACUCAGAUACAUCAGGGAAUGCGAAGAAAUUCGUCUUGCUAUGCAACCCUUGGAACUGAUUAAAAGAGUAAAAGAAAUUCAGCAAGAAGCAUAUGCCGAACCAGAAUCUGUCGAACAGAAGGAAGCAAAGCAAACUGCAGCAGCUGAUCUUUCUAAAAGAUUGAAGGAUUUUCGUUCCAUUAAUGAUGCAAAUAGCUUGAAAGCUUUGGAGGAGUGGCGUAAACGGAAGAUGGAAAGAGCAAGACUUCGUCAACUGGAAAAAAAUGGAACAUUAUCCUCUUAAACUUUACAGAAGAAUAUAUCAACUAGAGAAAAAUGGAACAUUAUCCUCUUAAGCUUUACAGAAGAAUAUCUUACUACUAAUCAUGUUGAUUCUCCAAAUUGUAUGAAACUUCUUUUUUUCUUUUUCUUUUUGAAGGGUUCUUUUUUCCUUCUGGUAUACAUGUAUAUAACACAGCACUGACUUGAGAAACAAGUCCAUGAAACAAUUAAAAAUGCUCUUCUUUUUUCGUUUA